AUGUCACCUUUUGGCAAAAGCGGAGGCCGCAAGUUAGGAAGAAGCACUCCGGCCGACAAACCGCCUCAUACGAGCCCACCAAACGCACGCAGCCAGCCCCGACUCCCGCCCCUGAGAAACACGAGGGCCCUGAGCGCGCAGCCAGCCCUCCCGCCGCCGUCGGCAGCCACCGCGGCCCGGCCCCUGCCCCGGGGAGCCUCGGGGCGGGCAGGGCCUCGCCUGCGCCACCGGCAGCCGCUUCUUCCGCCUCCCACAGCCUUCGCCGCCGCGGCCGCCAGGCUGCCCUCAGCCACCAGCCGCAAUCAGCGGGCAUCUCCACACGACCGAGACGGCAGGCACCGGCUGACAGCCCGCCCCGGCCCACGCACCGCGGCGACAGCCUCGGCCCGCGGCGACAGCCUCGGCCCGCGGCGACAGCCUCGGCCCGCGGCGGGGCGCCCCCUCGCCGAAACCCGCAGCAGGGCCUGUGCCCGCCGAGCAGCCUGCCUCCCACUCAGACCCCCGCCCUCAGGCGGGCCCCCCGCAGGCCAAGGCCGGAGGCGGCAGCACCCGCCCCACCCUUACCCGCUCCUCGCCCCGACACAACCGGCGCGCCCGGCUGCCCGCUCCGCUCUUAUCCCGCUGACAGCGUCCCGGCAGCCCAUGGCGGGAGGACCCGGCCCGGCCCCACCGCGCCGCCCGCCCCCGUCGCCCGGGCAACGCAGCACCCGUCCCGUCCCGCCCCGCCUCUCGCCCCACCUCACUCCUCCGCUCCCGCCGCCGCCGCCGCUCCGCCGGCACCGGCGCGCGGGUGGGCAGCGGACGGCAUCACGCGCGCACUCCCAGCCAAUCAGCGCCGUCGCCUGGCCGAGCGGGGGGCGGGGAGAAUCCCCCUGGGCAGCUUCUCCCCCGCCCCUCGGCGCGCGGCGCCCCGCCCACUCCCGCCACGCUCCGCCCUCAGCGGCCCGGGCGGCGGGUGAGGGGCGCGGGGGGGCGGCGGCGGCGGCGGCGGUGGAGGGGGAGGUGGCGGCUCUCGGCCGCCGCAGCGGGCUGGCAGGGCGGCGGCGGCGGAAGGGCGCUCCUGGAAGCGCCGUGGCGUGCCUGGGGCCGGCGGCUCCGCUUGCUCCCGGGGCCGGGUCGUGA